AUCAAGAAGAAAAUUUAUUUAUUUUAAACUAUCUCAAAAAUAACAGCAUGAACGAUUUGCAUUUUUGGAUUGGUCUCAAUACUCUUCAGAGAAGAUUUGUUUGGUCUGAUAAUACAACUCCGUUAUUCUUUAAUUGGAGGCAGGAUCAACCUGACAAUUCCUUUGGAGGAGAAAACUGCGUGGAAGUAAGUUCUAAUGGUUGGAGUGAUGCUAGUUGUGAUAAUCUUUAUGGAUUUGUAUGUAAAAUUAAAAAAGAAGUUUUUGGUUGUUUAAACAGCCUCUUUGAGUUUGGGAGCUAUUGUUAUCUUUUUCAUAGUGGAAGUGCAACACAGAAUGGAUUAAGCUGGAAAAUGUCUCUUACUGUAUGUCAAACAAUGGGAGGAAAUUUAUUAAGUGUUACAAGUCAAGCUGAAAAUUCAUUUAUUACAAACCACCUAAAAAACAACAGCAUGAACGAACUGCAUUUCUGGAUUGGCCUGAAUAAUCUUCAAAGAACCUUUGCUUGGUCUGAUAAUACAACUUUGUUAUUCUUUGGUUGGACCAAGGAUCAACCUAAUAAUUAUUUAGGAGUAGAAAACUGCGUAGCACUAAAUUUUAAUGGUUGGUACGAUACUAGUUGUGAUGAUCUUCUUGGUUUUAUAUGUAAAUUUAAUGGAGAGUUUAAUGGUCAAAUUUGUCCUAAUGGGUGGAUUAAAUAUGGAAUCUAUUGUUAUCUAUUUCAAAAUGGAAAUGCCGCUCUAAAUGGAAAAAAUUGGAUAAACUCCCUUUCACAUUGUUUAAAUAAUGGAGGAAAUUUGUUGAGUGUAGCAAAUCAAACAGAAAAUUUAUUUAUUUUAAACUACCUCAAAAAUAACAGCAUAAAUAGCUUUUUCUGGAUUGGUCUCAAUACUCUUCAGAGAUCUUUUGUUUGGUCUGAUAAUACAGCUCCGUUAUUUUUUAAUUGGAGGCCGGGUCAACCUGAUAAUUAUUUAGUGAAAGAGCACUGCGUUGAAAUAAAUUCUUAUGGCUGGAAUGAUGCUGAUUGUGAUAAUCUUUAUGGAUUUGUUUGUAAAGUUAAAAAAGGUAAA